CUGUCAUCUGAUCCUCUCGUUCUCUCUGGCUUUGAAUGGGCCUCUCUCUCUCUAGGAGUGCCAGAUGUUGAAACAAAGGUCUAAAAAUAAUCUUUCCAUCUUUCCAGGGAGGUGGGGGGCACAGCCGUUGGAGCAGCUGCGAGAUCGGACAACCUGAUCAAACUUGGAGCACGAAACUUCUCCGACAACAUUCUCAGUCGCACCCAGAGCCCCUACAGCCGUCUUUUAGGACUAAUAGCUGUGUGUGCUUGCAUGCAAGGGGCUGGCUGAGCUGGACUUUUGCCUGACCAAAACCAACCUCCUCUUUCUGCUCUAAAGAAAUCUGAAGCCAGCCUCGUCCUUGCUGAAUUUGGAGUCGGGGAGUUGUUAAUUGUUCUCGGCGUAAGGAGAAGAGACGGGUCUGUGCGUGUGUCAGAAUGGGGUGCAGACAGCAUUUCUUGGUGGUCACUUUGUGCUUGACACUUCUCCUAUCCCCACAUUGCUGCUGUGGAAAAAAGCGCUGGAGAAGAGCCUCACACCUGAAGCUGGCAGAGAAAUAUGAUGACUACGAGUACCCCCUUCAUUCCCAUGGAACGCCUUACCAGAAGAACGACCGCUGCCCCCCUCCACCGCAGACGCUGCCGGACCGAGCGUGCGAGGUGCCCAGCUGUCGCUCGGACUCCGAGUGCGAGAGACACAAGCGCUGCUGCUACAAUGGGUGCAUCUAUGCUUGCCUGGAGUCGGUGCCCCCACCUCCAGUUUUGGAUUGGUUGGUUCAGCCCAAGCCACGCUGGCUGGGUGGAAAUGGCUGGCUUCUCGACGGACCGGAAGAAGUUUUACAAGCCGAAGCAUGCAGCACCACAGAAGACGGAGACGAGCCUCUGCACUGCCCAACAGGAUAUGAAUGCCACAUCAUUAAUCCUGGCAACACCGCUGAGGGCAUUCCCAACAGGGGCCAGUGUAUCAAGCUUCGUGGGAACUCUGAUGGGUGGAAUCUAAGGCCUAAAUAUUACAAGGAAUAUUUUGGAGGCAGUUCCAAUAACGUGGUGGGCUAUGUCAAACAACAGCAGAAACACCUUGGUUAAUUCUGGCAAAGCCUUCGAGGGGAUUCUCCCAAUAAAUGGGGACACGGCGUGAAAAUGUGCGACGAUGCCUCUGCUUUCUGCUGCAGUUCUCAGGUCUUUCCCACAAUCUAAGAUCCAGAACAAACAACAUGGCACCUUUGAGAUGCCGUUGCACUAAAGCUCCCAUCAAACCCCAGGUAGCCUGCUC